AUGGCUGAUUUGUUGAAAGACAUUUUGGGAUGCAAGCUUUUCAACCUACUAGACAUCUGGGAAGAUCAUCUUAGUGAUGACACAUGCUUCAAAUACGAGAAAGCUGAUCCUGCGAACCCCAACGCACUUACGGUAACAGCAAUAACGGCCAACGAAGCAAUGAUUAGUCGGAUCACGGUUGUUGGAGCAAAACCUGUUCAACCGUACUUGGACUAUAUAGCUGAGUGGUCAAGGAAGGCAGCAGAAGAAUUGUCUGCUAACGGAAUUGCGCCCGAAAAUUGGAAAAUUACCAGACAGGAUGUCAAUGAAUUUGCCUGA